CUGUCUUCAUGACUGGUGUCCAGUCUCGCCGUAUCCACUUUUCUCAGGGGGAUCAGAUCGGAGAAGCUGGGGGUCUUCCCCCAGUCGGAGGCACCAGUCGGAGCCCCCGGCAGCCCCACCCCUUAUCUGCUUUUCCCGCGACCAGGCCAGAGCUGUUACCUUCUUUCUACCGCACUUAGGGGGUGGGGGCUAGAACUGGGCAGAAGGGAUCACGCAGAGGGCAGGAGCUGUGUGCGGAGGCUGGGGUGGGGGUGGGGACAGCUCCACCUGUUGCUGCCGCCUGAGCAGCGCUGGCCUGAUGGGACGGCCCCUCCUCUCUGUGCCCCCCCCCCCCCCAUAGUUCCCAUCCAUUGUCAUCAACUGUCUCAGCACUGCUAUAUUUAAGGCCCAUGCAGGCUCCAGGAUCACAUUCUUCUUCCAGUCCCCGCUGAGCCCAGGGCAAGAAGGAACCGAAGUCCCUCCCAUCCUCUGGAAUCUUCUCUCCAGAGACGCCUAAGUGGGCACAGCUGCUUCUGUUGUUGCUCUCGCAGCCAUGACUCUGCCCCACAGCCCCGGAAAUGUGGGGGAGCCCCGGCCCCCCCAGGCCGCGGAGGUCGUCCACCGGCUGGAGCACCGCCAGGAGGAGGCGCACAAGGAGGAGCGGCAGCACCACCUGCACAUGGGUUCCUCAGUGCGGAGGAGAACCUUCCGCACCAGCGAGGAAGAGUUUCAGUUCACCGCCGCAGACUACGCCCUCGCAGCAGCCCUGGCUCUGACAGCCUCCUCAGAGACAUCUUGGGAGGCCCAGCUGAGGCGCCAGACCUCUGCGGUGGAGCUGGAGGAGCGAGGGCAGAAGCGGGUGGGCUUCGGCAAUGACUGGGAGAGGACGGAGAUCGCCUUCCUUCGGACCCAGUGGCUGCUGCGCCAGAGACGCGACCGAAAGGCACUGAGACGACGGACGGAGGAGAAGGUCCGGGAGGCCAAGGAGCUGAGAGAGCUGUGUUCCGGCCGGGGGCCCUGGUUCUGGAUCCCUCUGCGCUCCCAUGCCGUCUGGGAGCACACCACAGUUCUGCUGACCUGCACUGUCCAGGCCUCGCCUCCACCCCAGGUCACCUGGUACAAAAACGACAUGCGAAUCGAUCCCCGCCUCUUCCCCGCCGGAAAGUACCGAAUCACCAACAACUAUGGGCUGCUGACGCUGGAGAUCAGGAGAUGCACCAUUGAGGACGCAGCCACCUACACAGUGAAGGUGAAGAAUGCAUAUGGCCAGGCCUCCUCCUUCGCCAAGGUCCUCGUCCGAACCUACGUGGGGAAGGAUGCUGGCUUCGAUUCGGAGAUCUUUAAAAGACUGAUGUUUGGCCCCAGCGUGGAAUUCACAUCGGUGCUGAAGCCGGUCUUUGCCCGAGAGAAGGAACCCUUCUCCCUGUCCUGCUUAUUUUCGGAUGAUGUGUUAGAUGCUGAGCAGAACAUCCAGUGGUACCGAGAUGGGAGACUACUGAGACCCUCGGGUCGCCGACAGAUCCUCUACGCAGACCGCCAGGCAUUCCUGAAGGUGUCCUGUGCCUACAAGGAGGAUGAGGGGCUCUAUACCGUCCAGGUGACUUCGCCCUUCGGGCCCCAGGAUCAGAGCGCCUAUGUGUUUGUGAGAGAUGCGGCAGCCGAGAAGCCGGGGGCCCCAGGCUCCCCUCUGAACGUCCGCUGCCUGAAUGUGAACAGAGACUGCCUCAUCCUGACCUGGACCCCGCCCAGCGACACCCGGGGCAGCCCCAUCACCGGCUACUCCAUCGAGCGGUGCCAGGGCGAGUCUGGGCAGUGGGUGCCCUGCCACGAGGCCCCCAGUGGGACCUGCCGGUGCCCUAUCCAAGGCCUCAUCGAAGGCCAGAGCUAUCGGUUCCGGGUGAGAGCCGUCAGCAGAGCGGGCCCCAGCCUCCCCUCCAAGGCUUCAGAACUGGUUGUCAUGGGCGACCAUGACGAAGCCCGGAGAAAGAAAGAGAUCCCCUUUGACCUGGGAAACAAGAUCACGGUCAGCACAGAUGAUUUUGAAGACUUUGUGACCAUCCCCUUACCUCCGACCAAUGUCCACGCCAGUGAGAUCCGUGAUGCCUACGUGGUUCUGGGCUGGGAUGAGCCAAGGCCUCGGGGCAAAGCCCCACUGACAUACUCUCUGGAGAAGUCGGUCAUAGGUAGUGGCACCUGGGAGGCCAUCAGCUCAGAAACUCCUGUGAAAUCCCCAAGAUUCGCCCUUUUGGAUCUGGAGAAAGGGAAGUCCUAUGUCUUCAGAGUGCGAUCAAUAAACCAGUAUGGCAUGAGUGAUCCAUCCGAGCCCAGCGAGCCCAUCGCUUUGAAGGGGAAGCCAGCUACUCUGCCUCCUCCAGCUCAAGUUCAAGCGUUCCGAGACACGCAGACCUCUGUGUCCCUGACCUGGGACCCGCUGAAAGGCCACCCAGAGCUCCUGGGCUAUUACAUCUACUCCCGGGAGGCAGGAUCAUCUGAGUGGCAAACGGUUAACAACAAACCCAUCCAGGGCAACAAGUUUACGGUCCCUGGGCUGAGGACGGGGAAAGAGUACGAGUUUUGUGUCCGAUCAGUCAGCGAGGCUGGGGUAGGUGAGAGCUCAGCGACCACCGAACCCAUCAGGGUCAAGCAGGCUCUGGCCACGCCAUCUGCCCCAUAUGAUUUCGCUCUCCUGAGCUGUGGGAAAAAUGACAUGGUCAUUGGGUGGAAGCCCCCCAAGCGUCGUGGAGGCGGCAAGAUCCUGGGCUACUUCCUGGACCAGCACGACUCAGAGGAGCUGGACUGGCACCCGGUCAACCAGCAGCCCAUCCCCACCCGGGUCUGCAAGAUCAGUAACCUUCGUGAAGGCCACUUCUACGAGUUCCGUGCCCGGGCGGCAAACUGGGCAGGUGUUGGCGAGCUGUCGGAGCCCAGCAGCCUGUUUGAGUGCAAAGAGUGGACGAUGCCCCAACCAGGCCCCCCGUAUGACGUGCAGGCGUUCGAGGUGCGGGCCACCUCCCUGAUGUUGAAGUGGGAGCCCCCCCUUUACACCGGGGCUGGGCCGGUCACAGGCUACCUCGUCAGUGUCCAGGAAGAAGGCUCUGAACAGUGGCAGCCAGUCACCCCAGACCGCAUCUCUGGCACCCACCUGAGGGUCUCUGACUUGCAAGCAGGAAAGAGGUACAGGUUCCAGGUUCAGGCCGUGAAUUCAGCGGGUCCGGGACAGCCAUCCAUGCCCACCGACCCCAUACUCCUGGAAGACAAGCCAGAUGCCCGAGAGAUCGAGGUUGGUGUGGAUGAAGAGGGCUUUAUCUACUUGGCUUUCGAAGCCCCCGAGGCCCCUGACUCGUCAGAGUUUCAGUGGUCCAAGGACUACAAGGGCCCGCCAGACCCCCAGAGGGUCAAGGUCGAGGAGAAAGCUAACAAGUCCAAGGUCAUCCUGAAAGAGCCUGGCCUUGAGGAUUUGGGCACCUACUCAGUAGUGGUCACCGAUGCUGACGAAGACAUCUCGGCCAGCCACACGCUGACUGAGGAAGAGUUGAACAAGCUGAAGAAGUUGAGCCAUGAGAUCAGAAACCCAGUGAUCAAGCUGAUCUCUGGCUGGAACGUUGACAUCCUCGAGCAAGGAGAGGUGCGGCUGUGGCUGGAAGUGGAAAAGUUAUCUCCUGCCGCUGAGCUGCAUCUAAUCUUCAACGAGAAGGAGAUCUUCAGCUCACCGAACCGCAAAAUCAAUUUUGACCGAGCGAAGGGCCUGGUGGAAGUGAUCAUCCAGAACUUGUCGGAGGAUGACAAAGGAUCCUAUACUGCUCAGCUCCAGGAUGGAAAAGCCAAAAACCAGAUCACCCUGGCCCUGGUGGAUGACGAUUUUGACAAACUUCUGCGGAAAGCGGACGCUAAGAGGAGAGACUGGAAGAGAAAACAAGGUCCCUAUUUCGAGGAGCCCUUGCAGUGGAAGGUCACAGAAGACUGCCAAGUGCUGCUGACAUGCAAGGCAACCAACACCAAGAAGGAAACCUGCUUCCAGUGGUUCUUCCAGAAGAAAGAGACACCGGACGGUCAGUACGACCCACAGACUGGAGUGGGAAUCCUGUGCAUCGAGGAGCUGUCCAAAGAGGACAAGGGAAUGUAUAGAGCAACGGUUUCUGACAAUCGAGGGGAGGAUGACACCAUACUGGACCUCACAGGUGAAGCCCUGGAUGCCAUCUACACUGAGCUGGGCAGGAUUGGUGCCCUCUCUGCAACCCCGCUGAAAAUCCAGGGGACCGAAGAGGGGAUCCGGAUCUUCAGCAAGGUCAAGUACUACAAUAUCCAGUACAUGAAAACCACCUGGUUCCACAAAGAAAAACGCCUGGAGAGUGGUGAUCGGGUGAGGGCUGGCACCACCCUGGAUGAGAUCUGGCUCCACAUCCUGGACCCCAAGGACUCAGACAAGGGCAAAUACACCCUGGAGAUAGCCGCCGGGAAGGAUACCCGGCAGCUCUCAACUGAUCUCUCGGGACAAGCUUUUGACGACGCCUUGGCUGAGCACCAGAGGCUGAAAGCCUUGGCCAUCAUUGAGAAGAAUCGUGCCAAGGUGGUGAGGGGCCUGCCAGAUGUAGCCACCAUCAUGGAAGAUAAGACCCUGUGCCUGACCUGUGUCAUCUCGGGAGACCCCACCCCUGAAAUCUCUUGGCUGAAGAACGACCAGCCUGUCACCUUCCUUGACCGCUACCACAUGGAGGUGAAGGGGUCGGAGGUCACCAUCACCAUCGAAAGAGUCAACAGUGAGGACAGUGGGCGUUACGGCGUCUUCGUCAAGAACAAGUAUGGCUCCGAGACGGGCCAGGUCACCAUCAGCGUGUUUAAACAUGGGGAGGAGGCCAAGGUGCUAGAGAAAAUGAGAGAGCGUGUUCAGACACAGCCUGAGGCCUAGUGUGCAUGGCCUGGGAGGGUCAACCCAUGGGUCACAGCCUGGCACAGGCCUCUGGGCCGGGCAGGGGGGAAGGGGACAGGGUGGAACCCAGGACGGGGGGUGAGAGUGCAGUGGGUACACUAAAGCGCAGAGGCCAAGACCUUGCUGGGGUCCCGAGGGGUCUCGGGGUAGCGAGAUGGGCACUGGACUUGGAAUGGAGAAUUACACACAAGACCCCACUCCAAGUCCAAACUGGCCGUGCACCUUGCCUAUCUCAUCUGCUAAAUGGGAACUCCUACUCCGAGGAAUUGUUUAUGAAAACGCUUUAUGGUUGACACAACCGGGGGUGUCUGUUGGCAUCUAGUAGGUAGAGGCCAAGGACGCUACUAAACCACAGCCGCCCCCCCCCCCCCCACAUAGAAUUAUCAGACCCCAAAGGACAGUGGUGCUGAGGUUCAUGAGUCCUGCCAUAAACCCAUAGAUCGCCACGUCCCCCCUUAGGGGUCUAUAGUUUCAAUUCACUGAAGUUCAACAAACACUCUUCUGAGGUCCCUAUGUGCCAGGCUGAGAAUAUCCCUGGAACCACAAAGAUAGUUGAGAUGCAGGCCCUGCCCUCGAGGCUUUAGCCCAGCAGGAGAGACAGACCUGGAUAUAAAAGACUCCAGGACAAGGCAGAGAAGGAUGACAAAACAGAUCCAAAGAAAGUGCCCCCAGAGGUCAGAGGAGGGAGAUAGGUGUUCGUCCCAGUGGGGGAAGGUGGGCUUUAAAACACCUUCACAGGACUAGUGGAAUUGGAGUUGGACACUGGAAAGUGAGUCCAAUUUGGCCACGGUAUUGAGAGGAGGACAUUUCAGGAUGCCGCUGCCUCAGUGGCCUUGUCCUCCAGGCUGGAGAGGUGGAGAACCUCGGGACCUCCUCCAGCUUGGGGCCUCUGCCUGGCGCGGCCCAUACUGGUUGGCCUUGUCGGCUGGACCUCAGCACAGAGCCGGUCGUGCCGCCGCACUCCAAUCUCCUUCUUUUUUAAAAAUGAGAUGUGGAGGGAGUGGGGUUUAUAAAAUGAUAGAUGCGUGUUGUAAUAUUUUGGAAAAACCCUGAAAAUGAUAGAGGAGAAAAUAAAAAUCAUCAACACUCCCAACAGCAGGAGAUAA